AUGGCGGCAGGCGCUCGAAAGCGAGACCAAGGAGCAAUGGUGCGUGAGGGAGCAGGGCACGAACCGCGUGGAUUGCUGGUGGAACUCAGGCGGAGACGACGACGUAACCAGGCCGGACAAUACGUGCUCAAAUACCUAUUACGACCACUGCGAGACGCGCGAUGCAGCGGCACUAAGACCGGAAGUGACGAGCGUUGGUUCUCCACGUCGGACUGCAACCCGGCGCGGAACACGGGCAGCUCGUUCGUGGGGAAGCGGAGACGACGCCAGUUCACGGGACCAGCGGUGAAUGUGAGCGGCAGAGGCUCGCGUGACAAGAAGAGCCACGGUACGAGCAGCUGCUUCACGUCGAAGUCGACCGAGAAUUCGGAACGUGAUGGGGACACUGAGCGGCGAGCGGCGGCUCGAGCUCAGUUAAGAAUUGGAUCCGCGAGGCGCAAGUGGCUCGAGUACGAGCAAAGUGGUGCGUCAGUUGCGGAGCGCGUGUUUAGGCCCAGGACUUGCAGGUCGUUGCGAGCACAGCCGGAGAAGCGCGAGAAAGAGUCGAGUGUCGGGCGAGCAGAGCUGCCUGGCAUUCUUGAGCAGAGCCGUAAGGCACAAAGCGAUGCGGCGGACACAGGGUUCGACGUGUGUGUGACUGCCUCGGUGGCCCCUAAGCGUGUCUGCGCGACGGUGGCUGUGAGCGGUGCGACCCGCCGGCGAGCAGGCGUCCUGAGACUCGUUACAACGGCAUCACUUCAAAAAUGUAUCGUGUGGGAUCGGGAACGAAACGCGUCUAAAGUCAACGAGGAGGAUGGGCAUGGGCACGUGUUGGUGCGGAGAGCGUGA